AAAUACUCUUGAGCGAUUGUAAUUGUAAUGGUGGUUGGUGCAGCGGACUGAGCGGACUAACAACUGUAUUGCAUAUUAUGUUCAGCCUGACUGAUUCCGAGAAGUCUCUCGCCGUGCUGAUCAAGCACCGAGCGUAGCCAGAGUAGCAGCAUAACCAACAGCAGCCCGCCGCGAGGGCAAGAGCGUCCAAGUGCGAGCGAAACACCAAGCAUGAACGACGAUGUUUCGGACGAUUCUAGCGAUCUGGACGUUGGGGUUCCGCACACAAUCAAAUACUUUCCCCGCAAUGUUCGCCAAAAGGGGCCGAGCAACCUGGCACUCAAGCGAGCUAACCUUAUGUUCACCAUGGAGAACGAACGGUACCGUACGAAGUGUCGAAAACUGGAGCGCUUCAUGAAGGACCUGGUUCUCGAGAGCGCCGCUCUCUGCGACGAAGUUGCUCGAGUUCAGGAGUCAAUCUUCGUCGCUAAGGAAGAACGCAGAUUUCUUCUGAAAAAGUUCUACUACUACCACAAUCAGCGCGAUGCGUCGAGCGAGCCGCAAGUGGCUCGGACGACAGUCCCCCAGAGCGCGGCGGUGGGGCCCAGCAGCACGACGCCGCCGCUUAGCCUCGCUUCGACGCCGAGCUCGAGCGCGGUGCCAGAAGGUGCCGACAGGUCUGCGGCCAAGUCAUCCAAGAAGCUUCUUAAGCGACGGAAUACCAAGGAUAGCAGAGAGGGCGCCGAAGAGGUGUUGGGAACCAAGCCGAUGGCUGUUCCUCGGCCCAAGCGCAAGAAGCCCGCCGCGGACAAGAAGCUGGUGGCUCCCAUCCCGCUAGACGCGUCGGGGCGUCCCAUCUUCCCAAUCACCCUGCCCGGCUGCAAGGUGCACAGCCUGGGCGAGAUUGUGACCGACCGUGCGGGCUUCCACUCGGAGGAGAGCAUCUACCCGGUGGGAUACUGCAGCUCCCGCAUCUACGCCAGCGUGCUCAACGUGCACACGAGCUGCAUCUACACGUGCACCAUCUUCGACGCAGGGACGGGCCCAAAGUUCGAGAUUGUGGCCGAGGACUUGCCCGAGCGGCCCUUUGUGGGCAACAGCCCGGACGAGUGCUACGUGGCUCUGCUGCGUGCCGUGAACCGAGCGUGCGGCGCGGAGGUCAUAGUGCCCGCCGCACGGGGGGCCGACUUCUUCGCCCUGCCACACCCCACCAUCCAGAAUCUCGUGCAGAGCUGUCCCGGAGCACGCAAGUGUCCAAACUAUAGGUGGGUCCGGUUUGAAGUGUCUCGCAGCGCAAGUCUCCAGACAGAGCGCAUUGAUGGCGACCCAUACCUGAGCUACACUGCUUUCCGACAGCUCUGCCUCCACCCGAGAGUGCCAGCUGUCGUGGCGCCCCAAGAAACGGGCAUGCCGCUCAACAUUCAGAUCAAGCAGGAGCCCCUGGACAUCACGUAGGCUGUGCUCGCAAAUCGUUGGAGGUGCUUUCUAUGAUCCGCUGUGCGGUGGUGGCCGCUGAACACUGCGGGGUUUCUUUUGAAUUCCUUUGUUGUGUUCCACUAGAUUUUAAAUAAAGAGAAAGAACUCAGCCAAAGCUUCA